AUGGGUAUUAUCAAAGGUCUGCUUGGCACGACUCUUAUGUCAACUCUCUCGUUCCUGGACCAGACGGUCACUAAUGGUGCAAGCUUGCUCGGCACACUUGGAGCUCCAAAGCUGCCUAAAUACUUAUCAUCUGAAAGCAAUGGAGAUGUUCCUUGGGGACAGUGCACGACCAGGAACACCAACCCGUACGGCAACAGUCCCAAUACUGGUGUGGUCAGGAAAUAUCAAUUCACGGUUGCGAGAGAGACACUGGCCCCAGAUGGCUUUGAGAGGCCGAUGAUCGUGGUCAACGGACAGUACCCAGGCCCAACGAUCGAGGCGAAUUGGGGGGACAUUAUCGAAGUGACAGUCAACAAUGAGAUCCACGGACCGGAAGAGGGUACGGCAAUUCACCUCCAUGGGUUUCUACAGCACGAGACGCCGUGGAUGGAUGGGGCGCCAGGCUUCUCGCAGUGUCCCAUCGCUCCGGGCAAGAGCUUCACUUAUCGUACCAAGGCAGAGCUUUUCGGGACUUCGUGGUGGCACGCGCAUUUCAGUGCCCAGUACGCGGACGGUGUGUUCGGUGCAAUAGUCGUAUAUGGGCCUUGGGAGAAGGAGCACGAUAUUGAUCUAGGACCGGUCAUCAUCAACGAGUUUCAUCAUACCAACUACGUCAGUAUCGUCCAGAAUAUCACUGCGCCUCAUCCGAGGCCGCCGCCUCCCUCGCCUAUCAGCGACAGCAAUCUCAUCAACGGGAAGAUGCAGUUUGAUUGCGCGAGAGCGAGCAGGCAUCGGAAGUGCUCGACGAACGCCGGUGUGUCCCAAUUCCGCUUCCAGUCCGGCAAGAAGCACCGGCUGCGACUCAUCAACGCUGGAGCAGAUUCCAGCCAGCAGUUCUCGAUUGAUGGCCACACCAUGACGGUAAUUCAGAACGACUACGUCGCUGUGCAGCCUUACGACACCAAGAUUGUCACCCUUGGAGUCGGUCAACGCACCGAUGUCAUCGUUACGGCAAAUGGCAAACCCACAAGCAGUUAUUGGAUGAGAAGUAACAUUACCUGUUUCGAAGCGCAUCAGCCUCAGGCUCUGGGCAUGAUAUACUAUGAGUCCGUAGACACCGACCUGGCCCCGACUUCCAGCCCUUGGCCUAACUCAGGUCCCGGCUGUGCCAAUGAUGCUCUUGAGAAGACGGUGCCGGCCUAUCCCAUGGCGGUCCCUCAGCCGGAAAAGACGAUUGCUCUCGACAUGACAACGACGCCGGAUGCCCGGGGCAUUUGGAGGUGGUACGUGAACAACUCGACUUUCUACGGUAAUCACUCCUCGCCUGUCCUGAAUUUGGCCGCCUCUGGCGCUGCAGCUUCAGCCUACCAGCCAACCUGGAACGUCUACGAUAUGGAGACCGCUCGGAGUUACCGAUUCAUCAGCUACAAUCGCACUCCAGGGCCUCACCCACUGCAUCUACACGGACACAACAUGUAUGUUCUGGCCAUCGGUGUAGGGAGUGCGUGGGACGGCAAGAUCGUGAGGCCAGAGAACCCCGUCAGAAGGGAUGUGGUCAUGGUACCAGCGAAUGGCUACGUUGUCUGGCAGGCAGAUGCAGACAACCCGGGCGCGUGGGCGUUUCACUGCCAUGUGCUGUGGCAUGCUGCCACAGGGUUUGGCAUUGAUAUCGUCGAAGGCAAGGACGCAUUGCGGGAGAUGAAGAUGCCGCCGGAGAUGGACGGACUGUGUCGGGAUUGGAAGGCGUACGUGGGCAGGGCAGGGGAAGAGCAGAUCGAUAGUGGCUUGUGA